GCUGCCCGGCCUGGGCGAGGGCGGCCGCGGAGCUGCGGGCGGAUCCCGCAGCCCGGCCAGAUAACAGCGCCCGCAGAAGGGGAGCGCUCCCCACCCCGCUCCCGCUGGCAUCGGGCCUCCGGGCCAGCCGCGGCGGAGCGGCAGGCGGCAGGCCGUGACGCGGAAGUGCUGCAGCCGGCGCUGCCGCCCGGGGCCGGCGCAUGGUGGCGGCGCGGCGCGGAAUGCUGAAGCUGGCUGCGGGGCUGCUGACCGCGGCCGCCGUGGCGCUGCUGCUGGAUUGGUACGCACCUUCGGGGGCGGCGCCGCCGGUGGGUCAGCGGCUGCGGGCCCCUCAGCCUGCCCCCGGUGCGGAGGCCGCCAACCUGCUGUGGGCUGUGCAGGUAUCAGAUAUUCAUAUCAGUAGAUUUCGGGAUCCCAAACGAGCUCCUGACUUAGAAAAAUUCUGUUCUGAAACAAUUGAUAUAAUUCAGCCAGCACUUGUUCUAGCAACAGGUGACCUGACAGAUGCUAAAACAAGAGAUAAACUGGGAUCUGAGCAGGUAGAAGCAGAAUGGAAAACUUACUGGUCAAUCCUGAAGAGAUCAAAGGUCAUGGAAAAAACCAAGUGGAUAGACAUCAAAGGGAAUCACGAUUCAUUCAACAUUCCACACCUGGAUAGUGCUCAGAAUUAUUACAGGAAAUACUCCGCCUGGCAUAAAGAUGGCUCUUUCCAUUACAUCCACACCACCUCUUUUGGGAACUAUUCAUUCAUCUGUGUGGAUGCCACACUCACCCCAGGCCCUAAGAGACCCUUUAAUUUCUUUGGAAUUUUAAACAUGAAUCAAAUGAAAGAGCUGUCGGUGAUGGCAACAGAAAGUCUGCAUAGCAAUCAUACUAUCUGGUUUGGCCAUUUUCCCACCUCAGUGAUCAUCUCCCCAGCCCCAGGAAUACGAACAUUAAUGAAUUCUGCCACAGCCUAUUUAUGUGGACAUCUCCAUACACUGGGUGGGCUGAUGCCAGUUCUGCACAGUCAACACCGUGGUGGUACUCUGGAACUCGAACUGGGAGACUGGAUGGAUAAUAGGAGGUACCGGAUCCUUGCAUUUGAUCAUGACCUCUUUAGCUUUGUAGAUCUUAACUUUGAAGAAUGGCCUGUAGUUCUCAUCACCAAUCCCAAAUCCUUCCUCUACAGCAGUUCUGCUCAUGAACCACUAGUGAAAAUUCUUCAUUCCACUCAUAUCAGAAUUCUGGCCUUCUCUCCUUCUGCCAUUAUCUCCGUCAAAGUCUAUAUAGAUGGAGUUCACUUGGGGAAUGCAUAUCAGGUGUCUGGCCCUCUCUACGUGCUGAGGUGGAGUCCACAAAACUACAGUGAAGGGUUUCAUCACAUAGAUGUGACUGUCCAGGAUGCUGCAGGAAGAAUUAGCACCCGGGGCCAUAAAUUUGCAAUGGAAGAAAACCUCUCUCUUAGAUUUGGCUUUUUGCAAUCUGUUAUUCUUCUUACUGACCACUAUGUUCUAGCUCGUGUGCUCUUUGGACUGAUUGUGCUGAUUCAGGUCGCCUUGCUUGUUAUUUUCAGAUACCUCCAAAAGCCAGCGCUCAAAGAAAAGCCAGGAUUACUUACUCUGACCUCGUAUUCCCUUCAUGUCUUCAGUAAAACAAACAUCUUUUAUUACUCCAUUCUGGUUCUGAAUUUAUACACUGUUCUGGGACCGUGGUUUGUAGGUGAACUGAUAGAUGGCCACAUGGGGGCCUGUUUUUCCUUUGGAGUGUUUGUCGGUGGUUCCUUCUUACAGGGCAGUCUGACAUUUGCGGUUGGCAUUUUACAGAUGUUGUUUUUCAACCUGCCCUUAAUGGCCUAUCUGUGCUGGUGCCUUUUGCUGCGAUGCCAGGGUCACAGCUUCCGUUCUCACAUCCGUCACGUCCGACGCCUCACAGCUGUGCUCGUUCACCUGGCAAUGACCCUCCUUCUGGCCUGGCAGGUCUAUUCCUGCUAUUUCCUGCAGCGAACCUACGGGACCUUGGCUUUCUUCCUCUCCCCAAUGAGAACGUGGCUGGUGGUGCUGGCCUCCGCUCUGAUUUAUAAAACCUGGACACUGAAAUCAUCUGCACUCAGAACUUACAGAGUAGAAAUGAAAAACUCUCAGAGCUUCUGACGUACAACAUAAGUAUUCAAAGUUCUUUGACUCACAGACUGUGAAGGCGCAAUCUAUAGUUUUGGGAUGCUGGAAAUCCAUACAGCCCGACCAUUAGCUGGUAAGAUCUGAAGCUGCACCUGCACUGGUACAGAGCUGUAUUAAAUCAUAAAUGUAUUACAAUAUGUAUUUUAUACUUUUAUUGUAUUAUACAUAUGCAGUAUACUGUAUAAUACAUGUUAUAUAACACACUUAUACAUUAUAUGUUAAUACAGUAUACAGUAAAUGGUAUAAUAAUUUCUAUAAUGGGGGUUUUGUAAUACAGAAGAUAGGUAUGUCUGUAUGGAUCAAAAAAUGGAAAUGUUUGCUCAUUACCACCAUGAAUGGUAAAAUACUUCUAAUUCAUUAAAUUAUUGAGUUUUAUAGUGCUGGAGAAAAUGAGCAUAGAUCUUGAUAAUGAGCUCCAGGGUUUGAGAUUUACAUCUAUUUACAUCUAUUUGAACAAGACUAACUACAAGACUAUGCCAGAUGUCUUUAUGAAGUGGUGGUUAUUGCAAAGGUGCUGUGGUGGCCUUCACAGUAAGAGUCCUACGCUUAUAGACUUUGUCAGUGCACAGUGAUAUAUAUAAGCAGUUUAUAGGCUGUUAGGUGUGUAUAUGUGUAUUUGUGUUUAUGUUUACCUGAGCCAUGGCCUAUUGAUCUUGUCAAAUGGCUAAUUAACAUGCUCUCUCUCCGGGAAGAAGUAGUUUUGUUUUCCACUGCUGAGGCUGCCAGUUUUCCCGCACCUGACCAGUGAAAGGCCAGUGAAUGAUGAGUGUUGCCAGGAUUCCCAGCUGUAGUCAGAGUUCAGCUUUAAAGCAAAGAAUGGAGACAAUGUCCUCAGGAUGGGAGAGCCCAAAGGAAUCCUGUAAGCGAGGGGGUCAGGGCUGCAUUUCUGGGUCUCAGUCAAACGCACUGAAGAGUGACGUAGAAAAACUUAUUUAGUGUCAGUUUUUCUAAGUUUAAAAACGAUAUAACAGUUACACUUAUGAAGAAUGUAGCGAUCCAGAGCCAAGAAAGUUGAGGUGCCUUUAUCUAUAAAGUAAGGAGAACACUGGCCGGCUUCGCAAGUCUGCUGUGAGUGGAACAUUUAAAAUACUUUAGGUAAUUUUACAGUAACUUAUUUAUGGCUCCUCAAGAAAAAAGAGGGGUAACUUAUUUAUGGCACCUUAGAAAUAAACCAGCAGUGACUGCAGUAGAACACACAGGAAAAUAAAUCAAAUUGGAAGAAAAUAUUGAUUACAAUUAAGACUUUUUGUUAUUUCUAAAAGAUGAGUUUUCCCAUUCCUUAAUUCCUGUUCUUCAAUGACUUACAAUAGGAAAGAGAGUAACCACUCUCAUUUGUGUAAGUUAAAUACACUGUUAAGAAAAUACAGAAUGUCAUUUCUUGCUACAUAAGUUUGUUUUGCAAAGUUGGUAGAAAAUCGAAGAGACAGGGCACAAAAUUUACUUGUGAGAAAUACAACUGAAAAAAAAAAACGCUGACAUUUCACAAAUUACUUAUAUGUGAUCAGGGAGCAUAAUAAGUGGCAAUAAAAUACUUCAUAUCUAUACCCUGUGACAAGACCCUGUUCUGAAAUGAGACAUUUUGGUUGUGGUAGUAGCAGUUGAUUGAAAUGUAAUAAAAUCUCAGUGUAAUUACA